GAGGCGGGGAAAGGCGCGGAGCGGUGCCGGGAAGGCGGCGGCCGGGCCGGCGCCGCGUACCCGGUGCAGCUCGGUGCCUCCGAGGGCGGGAGCGGCCGGAGGCGCAGGCGCAAGGACAGGGUCUCCACCGCCCGCGCAGAGCGGGGCGGGGUCCGCGCUCAAUGCGGGCGGCGGAGGUGGGCGCUGAUUGGCCAAGUGCCUGCCCCUCCCGAGCAGCCAUUGGUGGGCUACUCGCCCGGGCCCGGCGCGCGGCGGGGCAGGACUUCCGGAGUGGGGCCGGCUGUUAAGCGGCGGGGCUGCAGGACCGGCCCGAACUUUCCAGAAGAAUCGGGAUCGGAGCAGCGCGGAGUGGGAUCUGCGCCCGCCGCUCCGGGGGCCCCCUGCCACUGCCGCCACCGCCAUGGUGAAGGAGACCACGUACUACGACGUGCUGGGCGUGAAGCCCAACGCCUCCGCUGAGGAGCUGAAGAAGGCCUACCGCAAGCUCGCGCUCAAGUACCACCCGGACAAGAACCCCAACGAGGGCGAGAAGUUCAAGCAGAUCUCGCAAGCUUACGAAGUGCUGUCGGACCCGAAGAAGAGGGAGCUGUAUGACAAAGGAGGCGAGCAAGCUAUCAAGGAGGGCGGCUCCGGCGGCGGCUUCGGGUCACCCAUGGAUAUAUUCGAUAUGUUCUUCGGCGGUGGAGGGAGGAUGCACAGGGAGAGGCGAGGUAAAAACGUGGUCCAUCAGUUGUCAGUAAGUUUAGAAGAUAUGUACAAUGGUGCAAUGAGGAAACUUGCACUGCAGAAAAACGUUAUCUGUGACAAAUGUGAAGGUCGUGGUGGUAAGAAAGGUGCAGUAGAAUGCUGCCCUAAUUGCAGGGGAACAGGCAUGCAGAUCAGAAUUCACCAGAUUGGGCCAGGAAUGGUGCAGCAGAUCCAGUCUGUGUGUAUUGAGUGUCAGGGGCAUGGGGAGCGUAUCAGUGCCAAGGACCGGUGUAAGAGCUGCAAUGGCAGAAAAAUUGUUCGAGAGAAGAAGAUCCUGGAAGUUCACAUUGACAAAGGAAUGAAGGAUGGUCAGAAAAUAACAUUCCAUGGUGAAGGGGACCAAGAGCCAGGUCUGGAGCCAGGGGAUAUUAUUAUUGUCUUGGAUCAGAAAGACCACUCUGUAUUUACAAGACGAGAUGAAGAUCUCCUUCUGUCUAUGGAUAUUCAGCUGGUUGAAGCACUAUGUGGCUUUCAAAAACCCAUCACAACGCUGGAUAAUAGAACUAUUAUUAUUACCUCCCAUCCUGGCCAGGUUGUUGAGCAUGGGGCUAUUAAGUGUGUGUUGAAUGAAGGUAUGCCAAUUUAUCGCAGACCAUAUGAAAAAGGACGUCUAAUCAUAGAAUUUAGGGUGAUCUUCCCAGAGAGUGGCUUCCUCUCCUCAGAUAAGCUGUCCUUACUUGAAAAACUGCUACCUACAAGGCAGGAGAUAGAAGAAACUGAGGAAAUGGAACAGGUGGAAUUAGUGGACUUCGAUCCAUCUCAAAAGCGAAAACACCUCUAUAAUGGAGAAGUGUAUGAAGAUGAUGAGCAUCAGCCUAGAGGUGGUGUUCAGUGCCAGACAUCAUAAAUGGGCCAGUGAAUAACAUGUGAUGCUUGUUUGUAUGCAGUAGUGGAUGAGUGAAGGACUACAAGCAAUUUGCCCUCACCUGCUAUUUGUUAUGUCCAGCCAUAGUCAUUUCUAAAAGCAUAAAGAAAUAAACUAAGUAAUUAAACUGA